AUGUGUAUGCCACACUUGAGUAUGUCAUCUUGGAAGGGCUUCAAGGGAUGCUUCUGGCGAGGCUCGACUAAUUUGCAGUUAGGAGGGAACUGCACUAUUGACAUUAACGACUCUUGCGUGUUUCCAAUAAGAAUAAUUGAUUCUGACAAGUGCUUACCUGUUGAUGACAUUGAAUGGAAAGCAAAGCUUGAGGCGUUCAAGCAGAAAUUGCCUGCUGCCAUAGAUUUAUUAAGUCAGGCCGAUUGCCAAGAAUUGGAGAUUGAUGGGGGAUUGCCUAGUCUACUAAAUGCCGGAGAUUUUCUUCCGGAUAACAUUGUUGCUGUUGUACGUCCGUGUUCUUUUAAUAAUGGAAAUAGCUCUAAGAGAUUGGACCAAAAGUUCAUUGUUAGAGAUAAUCAGGAAAUGAUUCUAGAAAUCGAUCAAACAGAGAGCUAG